GGUGAAUGUAUGAACGGUGCUGUUAGCGCACAGGAGCAGAUGAUUAAAAGGCAGGAAAGGGUUACUUUCCAUGUUUCCUGUUCAGUUCCCACAGCUUCAGAUCCUUUUGGAUCGUUUUCUUCAUACUAAACAUUCCCAGGCUCCCUUAACCUCCUGGCUUCCUCACACCGGCCAAGAGCAGUCCCAGUGUCGAUGGCAGCCAUGAAAACGCAGGAGCAGCGGACCAGUCCCCUAAAAUCACCCCUGCAAAGUGAUUGCCGUCCCAACACACAGAUGAAGUCUCUUCAGUUUCGUAGUAUUGCACCUAAAGCACCAACCGUGACCCCAUCCUCAGCAGUGGUAUCCUGCCAGUCACCAACUACUCUUCCAGAGGCUUCUACAGCAGUCAGCCCCAAAUCUAUUCUAGUGUCUGGCCAGAACUAUGCUCUAAUGCAGGUUGCUGGUCAAGAUGGUACCUUCUCAUUGGUUGCCUUAUCUCAGACACCACCACAAAAUCAAAUUCAGAAGAACCUAAAGCUUCCCAUUCCAAGGUACCGGCCAAUGAGAGGCAACAAAUCUUUAGAAAAGGUCAGCACUAAAACCCAAAACUCAACCAAGGCUACCAAGCUUUCAUGGACAAAGUCCCCUACAGUCAAAAUAAACUCAAGUAUUUCCAGUUCACCUGAAACUCCAGAAUCAGUGUCUGAACUGGUUGGUGGGUUGAGCGCUGCGGCUUCAUCUGAAAUACUGCUGCCAGACAAGACCUCUUUGUAUGCAGGGUCACAGACAGCACAAUCUGUAAAAAGAAGCAUGGAGUCUCUCAUCAGUUACCCCACUAGGCCCUCCACCACCACACUUGUUGGUCCUGUCAGUAACAGCUCACCAGUCAAAGUCCAGGCAGAAAAUCCUGUAUCUGCUGGAAGUGCUAUUGCUGUCCUCUCCCCUACUAUCUUUAGCAAAGCUGUGCAGAUCAUUCCCUCUCCACCCAAGGGCAAAAUUCCCAUCCUGCCUUAUGCCAAGGUGAAGAACUCCCUUUUAUCAUCUACUGGCCUUUCUAGUACACCGUCUUUAGGGAUGGUCUCCUUAAAUCAGGCUAAAAACAGCAUGAAAGGCAUCUCUGACAACAAAAACAAGACUUCAAACAACAAAAACACAAUUAACCAAGAUGCUAAUACCACUCACCAGAAGAAACUCUUUGGUAAGAAGCGAGGAAGAAAGAGGAAAACCAUGGAUGACAUUUUGACCUUUGAGGCAAGAAAGAGAAGAUCUCUUACAUUUUUUAGCAGAAGAGGAACAGAAAAAACUUCAUGUGGUCUCCAGUCCUCUUCCUCACAGAAUAAGGUUGUGGACAUUUCCAAGAAGUAUCGCAGCAUUCGUCCAAAGCCUGUGUUAGUAAUGGAGACCACUGUUCCCCAGCUUGUACCCCUAGUUCCUCUUUCUGCUUCUGAGAACCCUGACCAAGAACACAUCAUUGGCCAGCAGAUAUCAGGAAAACCAGUAAAUGUUGUUCAACCAGGACUGGUGUCCAUACCACCCCCAAGGCAACAACCUGCAGCUAAUACUGAAAACGGAAGCAAGUUCAUGUAUGUUGCCAAUCAUGCGCUUCACCGAUGCUUAACCUGUAGUAAGUGUUUCCGGUUUAAGCAUCACUUGCAGAGUCACAUGAUCAGCCAUAGCAACCUGAGACCAUAUAGCUGCCCAGUGUGCAGAAAAGCCUAUGUUCACUCAGGCAGCCUUAGUACACAUAUGAACCUACAUCAUUCAGAGGGAAAGCCUAGGAAGAGUCUCCGCUGUGAAUUCUGUGAGAAAGCAUUUGGGUAUGUCGGCGUUUACUUCAGCCACCUGAGAGAAGUACACAGGGUAAUACUCACUGUGGAGCCAUCCGUCAGUCAACAUGAGGAGAUUACGCCAACGGAAGGGUGUAUAAACUCUGAGGACCAGGCUUUAGAGCCGCACGUGGACCCUGUCGAGCUGCAGAUCAAAUGUGGCCGCUGCCAAGCAGUCACACCCACCUUUGCUGACAUGAAGCUACACUUGUUGUAUGUGCACGGUGAGGAAGUCCAGGUGCGUCUAAAGGAUGGAGCCACGAAUGGUGGGCGUGAGGCUGAGAACGAGCUAGUAAAGCACGCUGCUCACUACUGGAGGCAACUCAACGAGAGGAGAAACCUGGUGCGCUGUGGAAGCUGUGAUGAGGAGUUCUUUUCCUUCUCCAAACUCAAGCGCCACCUGCACUCCCACCAUAGGGGGAAUUUAGAGAGUCAAAAGCAGGAGAAAGAAUGGGAGCAAGACGAUAAAGAGCACAUUUUUGAGGGUUCCUCUAAAAGCACGACCCUUAGAACAGAGUCAUGCUUUAACUGCGUCCUGUGCAGUAAGGUUUUCAGCAGGAAACAAGAAGUUCUAGAACACUGGGGGGAGUGCCACAAAUGUGAAAACCCUACCAGACUCUGGGAGAUCCUGGAAUUUAAAAGUGUUGAUACACCUGUCCAAAGACUGAAGUAGCAUCCUGCAUUAAAUUGUUUGUCUGUUACCCCUCAGAGACACAAAAAAAGAAUUCUGUUUUGCACUGUUCCAG